GAAGCGGCUAAUCAGAACUCGCCGGUGGGGUGGAGCCUCGGGCCCUGGAGCCAGGCUAUAGAAGGGAGGGGGAGAAAAAUGAAGCGUUCGCCAACGGACGAUGCUCUGGGCCGGCCCGCCCCGCGCAGCCACAUCCAAUCACAAUGCUUAGGGCCGGAGAUGGAGCCAAUCAGGUCCAAUCAGGAGGCGGGGACGCCAGCGCGCAAAUAGAAAGGAUAGAGAACAAGACCGCAAGCUGGAGGCGCCUAGUUCUCUUCCAACGAAGACCAAUUGCAAGCCAGAUACAGGCGAGUGACUGUCAAGAAGGCCAAUUAGAGCCUCCGAAGGGAACCUGUCCCGGCCUCCUCUCUGAGGGACGGCUCUACCUACCAAUAGCAUGAUCGAGAAGGCGUUCCCUUCGCGAAGGAGGCGGGUAAAGCGGACCUGCCCUUCCUGUGGCCCAGAGCCUGGGGGUGAAGAAAAGAAGGGAAGAGGGAACCCUAUUUCUGUUCAGUUGUUCCCCCCAGAGCUGGUGGAACACAUCAUCUCAUUUCUCCCAGUCAGAGAUGUAGUCGCCCUAGGCCAGACCUGCCACUACUUCCACGAAGUGUGUGACGCUGAGGGCCUGUGGAGACGCAUCUGCCGCAGGCUCAGUCCACGCCUCCGAGAGCAGGGAUCUGGGGUCCGGCCCUGGAAGAGAGCUGCCAUUCUUAACUACACGAAGGGCCUGUAUUUCCAGGCAUUCGGAGGCCGCCGCCGAUGUCUCAGCAAGAGUGUGGCACCCCUGCUAGCCCAUGGCUACCGCCGCUUCUUGCCCACAAAGGAUCAUGUGUUCAUUCUCGACUAUGUGGGAACCCUCUUCUUCCUCAAAAAUGCCCUAGUCUCCUCCACCCUUGGCCAGAUCCAGUGGAAGCGGGCUUGCCGCUAUGUUGUAUUGUGUCGAGGAGCCAAGGAUUUCGCCUCCGACCCAAGGUGUGACACAGUUUACCGUAAAUAUCUGUAUGUCUUGGCCACUCGGGAGCAGCCAGGAAUGGUAGGCACAACUGGCAGCCAGGCCUGCGACUGUGUGGAGGUCUAUCUGCAGUCCAGUGGGCAGAGGGUCUUCAAGAUGACAUUCCAUCACUCCAUGAGCUUCAAACAGAUUGUGCUGGUUGGUCAGGAGACACAUCGGGCUCUGCUGCUCCUCACAGAGGAAGGAAAAAUCUAUUCUUUAGUAGUGAAUGAGACCCAGCUGGACCAGCCACGCUCCUACACAGUCCAGUUGGCCCUCAGGAAGGUAUCUUGUUGCCUGCCACAUCUUCGUGUGACCUUCAUGGCUUCUAACCAGAGCAGCACUCUCUAUAUCACAGACCAGGGGGGAGUGUAUUUUGAGGUGCAUACUCCAGGGGUGUAUCGUGAUCUCUUUGGGACCCUUCAAGCCUUUGACCCCUUGGACCAGCAGAUGCCGAUUGCUCUCUCACUGCCUGCCAAGAUCCUAUUCUGCGCUCUUGGCUACAAUCACCUUGGCCUGGUCGAUGAGUUUGGCCGAAUCUUUAUGCAAGGAAAUAACAGAUAUGGGCAGCUGGGAACAGGGGACAAAAUGGACCGAGGGGAACCCACACAGGUAGGAUUGUUCCCCAGCACCUCUCCUUCAUCCCUCUUCUUCCCAAUUCUCUAG